AUGGAAAAGAUUGUCCUCUUUUUGUUGAGUUUUCCCAACAAAGUUUCAAAACUUUUGAAUCACAUUGGCAAAGGCCCCAAUUCGUUCCAUCAUAGGGCAACGAAAUCAUGUGAUGAUUUGAUGAAGCAAUCACAACAUGUUGAUACACUUAUGAAACGACAAACAUCAGAAGAAAUUAAGAAUAAUCGACGUAGACUUGGAGCAUCUAUUGAUUGUAUUAGAUGGUUGACUUUUCAAGGUUGCGCUUAUAGAGGCCAUGAUGAAAGCUCGAGUUCAUAUAAUCGAGGUAACUUUAUUGAAUUAUUAAAGUUUUUGGGUUCUUACAAUAGUAGUGUUCAGAAGCUUGUUUUGGAAAAUGCUCCUAGAUUUGCUAAAUAUACUUCAAGUGAUGUUCAGAAAGAAAUUCUACAUGUUCUUGCUACAAUGGUAAGAAACUCAAUUAGAAAGGAUAUUGGAGAUGCCAAAUUUUGUAUUAUCAUUGAUGAAGCUCGUGAUGAAUCUAAAGAAGAACAAAUGGCUAUUGUUUUGAGAUUUGUUGAUGUGGAUGGUUUUGUUCGUGAACGCUUCUUUGAUCUUGUACAUGUUAGUGAUACUACUGCUUUGACUUUGAAAAAAGAGUUGGUGUCUGUGCUUUCUAUUUAUAAUCUCCAAAUUGAAAAUAUUCGAGGUCAGGGGUAUGAUGGUGCUAGCAAUAUGAGAGGGGAAUGGAAUGGUUUACAAGCUUUAUUUCUUAAUGAUUGCCGACAAGCAUAUUAUGUCCAUUGUUUUGCUCAUAGAUUGCAGUUAGCACUAGUGGCUACUUCAAGGGAAGUACUUCAAAUUCAUGAGUUUUUCACACAAUUGAUUGCUAUUGUCAAUAUUGUUGGUGCAUCUUGCAAACGACAUGAUCAACUACAAGAAGCUCAAGAAAUUGAAAAUGCAAAAUUGAUUGCCAAUGAUGAGCUAGAAACAGGUCAAGGUGCAAAUCAAAUGGGCACUUUACAAAGAGAUGGAGAUACAAGAUGGAGUUCUCACUUUCAUUCUGUUUGUAGCUUGAUAAGAAUGUUUGCAGCUACUCAAACCGUUCUUAAUAACAUUAUUGACGAUGGUAUAACUUCUGCUCAAAGAAGUGAGGCUUAUGGCGUCAACAAAGUGUUAUUCUCGUUUAAAUUUGUUUUUUCGUUACAUUUGAUGAAGGAAAUUAUGGGGAUUACUAAUAUUUUGUGCCAAGCAUUACAACAAAAAUCUCAAAAGAUAUUUUGA